AUGGACCGUGAUUUAAGCAUUCGUGACACUCAUGUCAGUCAGAUGAAUCUCAGCUACGUCGACAUUCUGGCUGCGUUGAGGAUCCUCGUUGGUGUUGACAUUGAGCUGCGACUAAUAAAAAAGAAUACGAUCGACCGGUGCGCAUUGAGAUCGUCGGAAUCAUCAACGCGCAAGCCCAUUGAACAACGUUCGUUUUUGGCUUAUAAACUCAAGAGCAUUCAUAAUAAAUCUAGUCCGGAGUAUUCCAUUGUCAACUGUUGCAUCGUGUCGGCAACAUUUUUCGGUGCUACUUAUACAACAACAACCGGCCCACGAAAGUCAUUGAUUUUAGCAUCGGAGAGCAGUCUGAAAGUGAGCAUGGCUGGCGAGAGCGAAAAUCUUGAGGCGCGUCGUGUAUUUCCACUUCGAUUCCACACCGUCAUAACAUUAGGAGCGGCACUUGCAUCCCCACAAAAUAGUUGUGUCACGCACCAGCGUUGGUCAUCGUAUCUAUACAGCCGGAACGUUCGGAUUGCCAACAUUCCAAUUAUUGUAGCCUCAGCUGCGCCCUGCUCCACCCUCGCUUCGAAUUACGCAUACAGAAUUGAGGCCUCAGUCCUCGGUGAAAACUCUAACAACAUUGUCUCUCUCUUUCCGGAGACCGGAUCAACCAUUUGUCUGGGGCCACUUUCUCUUACUCGUCGCUCACUGGCGAAUCGAACCACCACCGCUGGGCAUGGCAGAGUGAUUGAGCGUGUGAUUGAACACCCAGAUGACCAUGACAGGGAGACAUGGGUAUUUACCGUGCUACACCGAAAUUGGGACCCGUCAAUGUUACAAUUUCAGGAAUUUACCACGGAAUACGUGGUGAACAUAUGGACGCUGCUCCGCCUUGGAACAGAAACCUUUGCGACCGGUAAUGUAGUUCACAUUGAGGGCAACGUCGUUGGAUUCAAUGAUACAACUUCAACAUUUUCUAUUCGCGUAAGUGAUUGUGAUGUUCGUCACAAUGACAAUAAUUGCUAA